AUGGAUUUCAGCUGGCCUCGCAAGAGCUGGGACCCCGCAGCGCUGUUCUUGCUGACAGCUUCGGCAGCUGGAGCCGCAUGCCUUUUCCAGUGGUACAAAGACUGCCAGCUGCUUCUAUCCCUGGGAUUGUAUCUUCGAAGAUGUUUGGGGGGCCGCUGCCGCGAGGUUGAAGGCGGAAGCCAGACCAAAGUUCCUGAUGGUCCCGAAUUGGAGGACCUUGGAGCUGGAGAAGGAGGCCAGCGGCCUCAGUGGGGCAGUGGUGAGGUGAGACAGAGAAGGCGUGCUGCCUAUGCGCCGGGACCGGGAACAACUACGGAAGCGUACCUGCCAGGCAAGCAGAAGAUCUACUUGAAGACCUAUGGCUGCGCUCACAACAACUCGGACAGUGAGUUCAUGAUGGGCUUGCUGCAAGACUACGGCUACAGCUUCACGGAGACCUGGCAAGAUGCCGACGCACUGGUGGUGAACUCUUGCACUGUCAAGGGCCCCAGCCAGGACUCGGCCGUGAACUUGGUGAAGGGCGCCCGGGCGGCCGGGAAGCCCGUGGUCCUGGCCGGCUGCGUGCCCAGCGCCGACGCCGGCCUGGCGCGGAGCAUGCAGGACGUCAGCAUGCUGGGCGUCUCCCAAUUGGACCGUGUUGUGGAGGUGGUAGAGCGGUCACUGCAAGGGCACACGGUCAGCCUUCUGAACCACCGGAGCUCGCUGCCUUCCUUGGAUCUUCCCAAGGUCCGCAAGAACCGCUGCGUGGAAAUCAUUCCUAUCAGUGGUGGCUGCCUGGGCAACUGCUCUUACUGCAAAACAAAGCACGCGCGGGGCUCCCUGUCCUCCUACACUGAGGAGGCCAUCGUCGCCCGCGCACUGCAAGCCGUGGCAGAAGGCGUAAGCGAAGUAUGGCUCACAUCCGAGGACACAGGUGCAUAUGGCCUGGACAUUGGAACCAACAUUGCUUUGUUGCUGCGGCGCGUGGCGGACGCCUUGCCGGAGCAUGCCAUGCUGAAGCUUGGCAUGACCAACCCGCCCUACAUGCUGGCGCAUAUUGAUGCAGUUGCAGAGGUGCUUCGGCGGCCCAACGUCUUCGAAUACCUCCAUGUGCCUGUGCAGUCUGGCUCGGACGCCGUGCUGAGAGCCAUGGUGCGCGAGUACACCUCCGCAGACUUUCGGAACUUGGUGGACGGUCUCCGUGCCCAGGUCCCGGACCUCUUCCUCGGCACGGACGUGAUCUGCGGCUUCCCAGCAGAGGGCGAGGAAGACCACCGCGCUUCCAUGGACUUGGUUCGCGAGUACCACUUUCCCAUGCUGAACAUUUCCCAGUUCUACCCCCGCCCGAACACGCCGGCAGCGCGAUUGAAGAAGCUGCCAGGGAACGUGGUCAAGGCUCGGAGCACGGAAAUGACACAGCUCUUUGAGUCCUACCGAACCUGGGACCACCUCGUGGGUCAGACCCAGCGUGUUUGGUUCUCGGACACCGAUGAGAAGCAUGCGCAGACAGUUGGCCACACCAAGGGCUACGCCAAGGUGGUGGUGACUUGGACCUGCCCAUUGGAGAAGUUUUCAGCCGUUGUGGACGCAAUGCACUUGGACGUUGCGACCACUGACGUGGCCACCCUCAAGCAGGCGAGAACGAAGCUGCUCAAUGCCCUAGCUGCAGCACAAGAGGCAGAGCUGCCGCGAGUGGAACGCAGCGUGGCAGAGCAGCAGCGGCGGCGCUUGCACAAUGCACUUCAGGAUAUGAAAGGCCAGCUCCGGGUCUCCUGCCGCAUCCGGCCGCUCAGUGCCAAGGAGAAGGCCAAGGACAGUGCACACGCGGUGGUGCCUUUGGACACCUCCCGUGUUGAAAUUACGUUGCCGGACUUGCCGCCACAAGUGUUCGAGUUCGACAGCGUGUUUCGCCCAGAUGCCCCGCAGCAAGUCGUCGAGGAGAUCUUUGAGGACUGCCGGGAUCUGGUGCAGUCGGCCGUGGAUGGCCACAAUGUGACGGUGAUGACCUAUGGGCAGACCGGCGCUGGGAAGACCUACACAUUGUUUGGAAGCAAAGAUCAGGAGGGCUUGGUGCAGUACAUGAUUCGCGAGGUUUUUGCUCGACUCUCUGACCACGAAGACGGGCAGGCUCGCAAGGUCACUGUCACCGGCUCUGCCUUGGAGCUCUACAACAAUCACUUCAUCGAUCUCCUUCGCCCCAUCGACCGCACAGGCCGGCAAAGCCCUGGCGUGAAAGUAUGCGUCGAUGCGCAAGGCUGUGUGGAGGUGGAUGGGCUCGCGCAGUUGGUGGCCCAAGAGCCCUCGGAGCUGCUGCAGAUCUUGCAAAAGGGCCUGGCGCAGCGUGUUGUUGCAGAGCAUGCGAUGAAUGCAGACAGCUCGCGCUCCCACAUGGUGUUCACAGUGCGGCUGGCCGCAGAAGGACGCCGGGCGAGCCGCAAGCUGACUUUCUGCGACCUCGGAGGCUGUGAGAGGCUGAAGAAGUCGCAAGUGGCAGGCGACUUGCAGAAGGAGGCCAUCGAGAUCAACAAAUCCCUGAGUGCCCUGAGCAGCGUUAUCGAGGCUGUUGCUGGCCGAAGGCGGCAUGUGCCCUACAGGGAUCAUAAGCUCACUCGGCUGCUGCGCGACGCAGUGGGUGGCACUGCCAAAGUGCUGAUGUACGUUUGCUGCUCCCCUGCGACGUCCAACAUGGAGGAGACGGCGGCAGCUUUGAAGCUUGCCUCCAGGGCAGCCAAGGCGGAGCUUGGGCUGUCUUGCGUUUGUUGCUUUAAUUGGUUAGGGGCGUGGAAGAACACUUGGUGGUUGGGAUCUAAGUGA